AUGUUGGAAGGUGAUCUGCAGGAACAUUGUGGCGCCCUGUCCGAAUGGAUUGCCAUGGUUCAGAUGGCUUCUCCGCGAGUGUCUGGGGAAGAUGACGUCGAUCCAUACCUGAGUCGUUAUGCAGUUCCAGACGCAGAUGAAAUCCAGGCCCCCGAGGCCGCUGAUUUGAUGAGCUUAAAAUGGCAUGGUUUGAUAUCGUCCCGGUGGAUCAUGCAGCUGUUCCUCAAUCUACUGCAAACCAAGGUUAGUAAUCUAUCUUGGUUCGCGCUUUCCGUCGCUGCUCUGGGAAAAGAAGCCGUGGAAGGAAGGGACGGAUUUAUGGUUAUGGUCCUUCCUGAACAAUCCCAGGUGAACGGCGAGGGAACCACUGGACCGGGUGGUCGAAUGACUUUAUGUUGGGAGUUGAUGGGAGCAUCAGUGACUGAACCCUGA